GAUUUUGAAAGGGAGAAGCGUCUAGAAGUUCAGAUAGGGGUGAGUGGUAUAGUGUGCUUGUGGAGCAGGAUAAGCAGGAACUUCUUCGAGGUCGGUCAUGGCGGAGCAUUCGGAGGAAUCGAAGGUGGAUCAGUUGGUGGAGAAGAUCAAGGGGGAGCUGCAUGGUGACUCUUCUUCAUCGGAUUCGGACCACGAGAAGUCUGAGUCGUCUUCGUCGGCUAUCAAAGCCAAGAUCUAUCAUUUGUUUGGCCGCGAGCAGCCCGUGCACAGAGUCUUUGGCGGUGGAAAAGCUGCUGAUGUCUUCUUAUGGAGGGACAAGAAGGCGACUUCCAUGGUUCUUGGUGGGGCCACGGCGAUCUGGGUCUUGUUUGAGCUGAUGGAAUACCAUCUUCUGACUCUUGUAUGCCAUGGCGUUAUUCUCACCCUGGCCAUCCUCUUCCUCUACUCCAAUGCCUCCACGUUCAUCAACAAGUCUCCUCCACGCAUUCCAGAGGUUAGCAUCUCUGAAGACAUGGCUGUGAAGAUUGCGCGUUCUCUGAGGUAUGAGAUCAACAUGGCCCUUGCUGUUCUAAGGGAGAUUGCUUUGGGACGGGAUCUCAAAAAGUUCCUUGGUGCGAUUGCUGGCCUGUGGCUGGUUUCAGUCUUUGGCGGUUGCUGCAACUUCCUGACCUUGUUUUAUAUUGUGUUUGUUUUGAUGCACACAUUGCCUUUUCUCUAUGAAAAAUAUGAGGACAAGGUUGAUGCAUUUGCUGAGAAGGCCAUGAUCGAGAUUAAGAAACAAUAUGCUGUCUUUGAUGCCAAGGUUCUAAGUAAAAUCCCAAGGGGCCCUUUGAAAGAUAAGAAGCAUUAGAAAGGGAGAAGGUAUUCUGUGGUUGUGGGCUCUGAUAAUUUACUGCUGAAUGUGCUUUUCAUCGUGGCUGGUUACUGGUUUACUGGUUGGAACUUGUCUCAUCCUUUGAUGUGAUGCGUUUGUGUUUUUAGUUUGAUGUGUUUGAAAUCUAGCAUACUUUUGUAGGAUCUGUUCUCCUUUUUCUUUUUUUAUUUUUGGGUUAUGUGGAAUUAUGUUGCACAUACUUAUGUGUAGUGUGUGUGUUCUUGUGUAUGGCUGAUUACCUGGGAAUUUUACUUAUAAAUUGUAUUAGUUUUAUUAUGCACAAGCUUUGUCUUA